AUGCCGUUCAUAGACAUAGCCUUUCAGGCCGAAGUGAGUAGGUUUGAGGACCAGGAGUUUGAGGAGUACGCCUGGAGGAACUGCUCCGAAGACCCGGAGACAAGACAAACAGCCAUACACAAUCUACGGAACCUUAUAUACCAGCGUGGUGAAUGUAACCCAAGAAGACUAGACGACGCGUACCUCCUGCGAUUCCUCAGAUGUAGGAGAUUCAUACCAGCUCUGGCACACAAAUUGAUGGUCCGUUAUGAAGAGUUCCGUCGUAAGAACUCCUACCUGUAUGACUGCAAGGCCUUCGGGCUCCAGAAGGUGAAGGGCGUGUACGGAGGGACCCUGCCGGAGAGUCCGCACCACGGCAGGAUCACACUCAUGAGGUUCGGUCGCUGGGACACGGAAGCCGUCCCAGUGGUGGACGUGGUCCGCUGCGCCCUGCUGAUGGAUGAAAUAGCGGUCAUGCAGCCCAAGCUACAGAUACUAGGCGUCACCAUCAUAGUCGACCUGGAGGGACUCAGUGUGAGACAUGUGAGACACCUCACACCCACUAUAGCGCAUCAGAUCGUCAGCCUCAUGGGGGUAUCCUUCCCCCUGCUGCUGCACGGCCUCCACAUAGUCCGCUACAACUGGAUCCUGAACACGUUCUUCUACGUGUUCAAGCAGUUCAUCCCGACCGCGGCCUGGGAGCGGGUCCACUUCCACGGACACGACAUGGCCUCCCUCCACCGGCACAUACCGCCCGAGUACCUCCCGCCGGAGUACGGGGGCUGCUGCCCGCACGUGGUGGAGGUCGACGAGUGGGUCAGGAAGGUGGACAGGUUCAAGGACGACUUCAUGGUCAAGGAGCUCAGGGAGCUGGGCUUCACCGUCGACGAUCAACAGUAUAAUAAAUUGUAUGAGAUAUGA